GACACAUGUGGGGUGAGGCGGCUGGGGGAGAUUAGAUUGGCAAGGAUGAAAAAGGUUCUGCCAAAGACCAAGGCAUAGAAGAGUUGGACCGGACUGUCCCAGGAGGCCACAACUCAAGGACAAGUCCUCUAGAUCAAAAAAGAGCAGCUCAGAGAGGCAGGGGAAGGGAGGAAUGGAAGGAGGCCUGAGCCCAGCCCCUGGCUCCCCCCACCUCGGUCUGCAUUAAGUUGGGAAGGGGGCCUGACCCAAGGGAAGGAAGCAGAAAGCACACAAAACGUGGAAGCCUGUGAUACUAGGUCAAGCCUGGGUCCUGCAGGAGGUUUGGGGCUCACAGCUCUUAGCCAGUGGGCCCUGCCUCAGGAAGUGAGGCCUGUGAGGUCUGCUGAGGGCCUGGCAAGUAGAACCCUGGCCCUGUGUGAGGUGAGGCUUGGUUGCCAGGUGAUGUCCCAGGGUAGCCACCUGCUGUCAGAAGGACUCUGCCUACUGUGCUCACCCCUCAGCUGAAGCCACCCUGGUACCACACCUUCCCUUGCCACCAUGUUGCGGCAGCUCAACAUGGACACGGUGCGGCAAAAUUUCUGGAAGGAGGAAUAUCUGCGGGAGAAGAUGUUGCGCUGUGAGUGGCACCGCAAAUACGGGUCGGUGGUGAAGGCCAAGCAGAUGGCUAAGGCUGCAGCCCGCCUGCCCCUCCAACUGCCUACCCUGCACCCCAAAGCUCCACUCUCGCCCCCACCUGCCCCCAAAGUAGUCCCUUCCAAGGCCCCCAGCCCUGCCCCAGAGGCUCCUUUUCAGUCAGAAAUGUACCCGGUGCUGCCUGCCACCCGGGCCUUGCUGUAUGAAGGCAUCUCCCACGACUUCCAGGGGCGCUACCGCUACCUCAACACCCGGAAACUGGACAUGCCAGAGACGCGCUACCUCUUCCCCGUCACCACCAACUUCACAUAUGGCUGGCAGCUGGGCCCCGCAGUGAAGCAAGAACUGGUCUCCUGCAAGAUGUGCCGCAUUGAGUCAUUCUUCCGCAAGAACGGGGCCUUCGCGCUGCUGGACCCGCGGGACCUGGCCCUCUGACUGUGGCCAGGCGGCGUUCUUAGGGGAGGAAAGAAGAAAUAACAGGCCUCCUGGUGGGGCAAAGCUGCUGUGUGUGUCUGUGUCUCUGCUCUCCCGCGCCCUAAGGCUGCAUUCUGGGCCUUUCCGAAACUACCUCUGACUUGCAGGUUGCCUCUUGCUUUUUCCUUAACUCCCAUCUCGUUAAUCAUCCCUUUGAGUACCCAGCAAUGACCAGAGGGGCUGGGAAGGGAGACCGCUACUCUCCAGGCACAGUCUCCUCGGCGCCAGGGGACGACAGUAGCUCCUGGAAGUUCUGGGUGUUUCUGAGGAGAGAGUGGCCUGUCAUCCAAAUACCAGGGGAAAAGGACCCUCCUCCACAAACACACACCCCUCCCACAAACCUCCCUGCCCGCCCCUCACCUGACCCUGAGGGCCCGCAGCGGGCCGGUCCUCUCCCGGUGCACCUGCUCCAGCUGCUCCCGCUGGGCGCGCCUCCGCCGGCCGCGUCCUCCUGAGCGGAGCCGAGCUUUGCGUGCCCGCGCCUCCCACCGGGGCUCCGUGGAGCUGGCAGAGGGCGGCACCCGCACGCCUGCCCCUCCCGCGCUCCGUGUGGGUCAUUGCCAGUGCGCGGGGGGCGCGCCAAGCUCGGCCCCUGCGCCGCCCCGGGCAGGGUCUCCUGGAGUCUUGCCUGUGGCGGGAGCUGAGCUGGGCUGGGUGGGAGCCCCAGGGGGUGAACCCGACAGUGGCGGUUCCCGGCGAUGCGGAGGCGUUCCAGGACCUGGGGAGGCGGCAGGCAGCGGCCCGGCCGCCCCUCGGGGCCCCGCCCGCCCGGCGCGG